CAACAAUAAGACUACCUAGGAAUCAUGUAUUUAAAAAGCAGACAUAAUGUUGUCAACACUGAAAAGGCAAAGAGGACCAUCAGAGGCAAAACAUGGGCUCAUCUCAAACCUCCUCCAUGCCAAGACAGCAUUUUCUGCGAGAACUCUACAAAACUGAGAAGAGAAAAAUCCCAAUCCUUUAAUCGGGUCAGUGGAGGCGAGGAGGAAGAGGAGGAUGCCCUGCGCUCCACAGUCUUCGGACAGGCCUGUUACGAGCUGAAGCACAAUGAGAGGGUCAUGGAGGAGGUGACCUUUGGGCGCCGCGUGGGACUGUACGAGCUCAGAGGAGAGAUUGGAUCUGGGAACUUCUCUUCUGUCAGACUGGGCGUGCACGUGGUGACCAAAGAGAGAGUGGCAGUAAAGAUCCUUGACAAGUCUCGCCUGGAUAAGAAGUCACAUGGCUUUUUUGACUCCGAGAUCUCUUGUAUGGAGAAACUGUCCCACCCGAACAUUGUGCGUUUGUAUGAAGUCCUGGACACCUUUAAGAGGCUGUAUCUGGUGAUGGAGUACGCCAGUGGAGGAGAGCUGUUCUCCCGCAUCAACACCAGGGGGCGCCUCUCAGAUCUUGAGAGCAAACUGGUGUUCUCACAAGUCAUCUCUGCGCUCAAACACAUGCAUGAUAACAACAUCGUCCAUAGAGACUUGAAGGCAGAAAACGUGUUCUACACCAGCACCUACUGCAUCAAAGUGGGCGACUUCGGCCUGAGCUGCGAGUGCUGCCCAUCUGACCUCCUCCGCUCCUCCUGUGGCUCUCCUCCGUACGCUGCCCCCGAGUUAUUUAAAAACCGAGCUUUCAAUGGCCAAUCUGCGGAUCUGUGGGCUCUGGGUGUACUUCUAUACUUCAUGGUUACUGGGACUAUGCCAUUCAAAGCUACUGACACGAGCAGGUUGAGAAAAUGCAUUUUACUGGGUGCCUAUACUAUACCAUCACAUGUGCCACAAUCAUGCAAGGAUGUCAUACAAGGGCUACUAAAACAACUACCAAGUGACCGAAUAAGUUUACCUCUAAUCUUGGCUAGUGAAUGGUUGAAAGGCAUCGAAUAUCCACAUGCCUACCCAGCUGUUUGCCCUACCCCUUUAAAUCUGUAUAAUGCUAACUAUCUCCUUAGUGCCGACGAAAUGAAUGUCAAAACUGCAUUGGAAGCUCUAGGUGUGACUAAAGUGCAUACGUUAAACAAUAACUUGGAUUUGCGGAGUCCUAUUACCGGGGUGUAUAGGAUUUUGUUGCAUCGCGUUCAGAAAAGGAGCUCAGGGGAAACAGUGGGGUACAGUCAUUGCGUCCAGGAGUCCAGGCCCAAGUGGAGAGCAGGGUCUGACAGUAUGUUAAACAAGAAGCGCUCUGUUGUCUGUGAAGUUAUGUAA